AUGUAUACAGCUAAUAGAAAGGUUCACAGUGUAUGGGCAGCAGCAGAAGCUUAUUCAGCCCCUUCUAUCGUCCUAACAUCACAUUCACACGACGGGCUUCAUGUUUUUGAUGAUUUUAGAGAGGCUUAUGCUUGGUUGAGUCAUAACACAGAAGUAGAUGAUAAAGUGGCUUCUUGGUGGGAUUACGGAUAUCAAACAACUGCAAUGGCUAACCGAACUGUUAUUGUUGACAAUAAUACCUGGAAUAACACGCAUAUUGCUACUGUUGGUACUGCAAUGUCUUCUCCAGAAAAGGCUGCUUGGGAAAUGUUCCACUCUUUGGAUGUCAAAUAUGUUCUUGUUGUCUUUGGAGGUCAGCUUUAUUUUUCAUAUUGAUUUGACCCCUGACCU